AUGAGGGUGAGGCUCGAGCAGCUGCACUCAGGCGCUCGGCUGUUUGCUUAUGGGUACUGCGAAAAGUACACGGAUUUGAGCGCCGGAGAAAAUGCUCCUGCCUUCGUUGACCACCUUCGAUCCCGUGCUGAUGACGAACUUUUGGAUGUCGUCAAGUUUUCGCUAUCCAAGUUCGCGGAGGUCUGCGAGACCACGACCAAGUCGAAGGAGUUCCUUGGAAGUGUAUCCGAGCAUAGUGCCGCGGUGAACCAACAGAGUUUGGAGGCUGUGAACUCCAUCAAGGAGAUGUCUUCGGGUUUGACGGGGUUGGGAGCUUCCAUUCGAACCGAACAGGAGGCCGCCCACCACCAUCGCGGGGCCAGUGUGAAGUUUUUAAGGGAAGCCUCGUGGCACAUCAGUGGCCAAGGCCACAAUCAAACCAAGACGAGUAUCAAAGAGCUUUUGAUUUUGUCGACCAAGCUCCAAGAACGAGCUGAGAAGCACCUUGGCGAGCACACAGCCCUCCUCAAGGAAAUUGUGGAGAGCUCAAAGUGCCAAGAGACUUGGCUCGAGAAAGUGUCGAAAGCACGUCCCGAGAUCAAGGCGUCGCCAUUGAGCAAUCCAGUGUUGGCCAAGCCAGUGGCUGCAGCAAGCUCCGUGCCCCGGCACCACACACUGGGAAUUGAAACCAUCCAGCUUGGACGCCUCCGAUGGCACCACCUCCGGGAUCGGCGCCCGGUUAUCCAGCGAUGA